AAGUUAUAGUUCAGUAAUUUUAUCAUUUUCAUCACAAGAGGCAAAAGAAAGAAUGUCCAGACCUUGGCAUCACUCGAAUUCUCUUUAUUAUAAUUGAGUUACAGUUCAAAGCAGAGAGCAUGGAAAAUCCAUCAAGUGCAUCAGAGAAGCCUCCCAGUGGCUGCCAUCAGCAAACGCCUCGACUUACUCGAGACAUAACUUUCCAGCCCAUAGUUUGUCAAUCAGCGAUACCAGCUAUGCCUCGUAUUCAUAAUAUGAGCCCUUACGCGUUCUCGCCAAAUCGACCUCCAAGCUCCUGCAGUUCGUUGAGAAGCAGGAAUUCGAGAAGGAAAAAAGUUAUUAUGAACACCUGCGGCUUCGUUACUUGCGGGCCUAACGAGGCCCUCGUCGUCUCAGGAUGUUGCUACAGCAAACCGCUGUUAGUACCCGGAGGCAGGGUUUUUGUCUGGCCAAUUGUCCAGCAAGUUCAGAAAAUUUCUCUGAACACUAUGACACUACAGGUCGAAAGUCCCACUGUAUAUACUUCGCAAGGUGUGCCCAUAUCAGUUACUGGUAUCGCACAGGUUAAAAUACAAGGACAAAACGAGGAAAUGCUGUCAACAGCUUGCGAACAGUUUUUAGGAAAAACAGAAGAUGAAAUCCACAACAUUGCUCUCGUCACCUUAGAAGGUCAUCAACGAGCAAUUAUGGGCAGUAUGACUGUUGAGGAAAUUUACAAAGACCGCAAGAAAUUCAGCAAAGAAGUUUUUGAAGUAGCUAGCAGUGAUUUAGUCAAUAUGGGCAUAACUGUAGUGUCAUAUACAUUAAAAGAUAUUCGAGAUGAAGAAGGGGCAAAGGGCUACUUGAAGGCACUAGGUAUGGCCAGAACGGCUGAGGUCAAGAGAGACGCAAGAAUCGGAGAGGCUGAGGCCCGCAGAGAUGCCCAGAUCCGAGAGGCUAUUGCCGAGGAGCAGCGGAUGGCCGCUCGAUUUCUCAACGACACCGAGAUCGCCAAGGCCCAACGAGAUUUCGAACUCAAGAAGGCUGCUUACGACGUGGAAGUUCAGACGAAGAAAGCAGAGGCUGAGAUGGCUUUCGAACUUCAAGCAGCCAAAACUAAGCAGAGAAUUAUGGAAGAACAGAUGCAAGUUAAGGUUGUUGAGCGUGGUCAAGAGAUUGCUGUACAAGAGCAAGAGAUGAUGCGCCGGGAAAAGGAACUUGAAGCUACGAUUCGACGCCCAGCUAAUGCUGAAAAAUACAGGUUGGAGAAGAUGGCUGAAGCUAAUAAACUCAGAACAGUCAUGGAGGCCGAAGCUGAAGCCGAAGCUAUCAAAAUCCGCGGAGAAGCUGAAGCCUAUGCUAUUGAGGCUAAAGCUAAGGCUGAAUCAGAACAAAUGGCCAAGAAGGCUGCUGCUUGGAAUGAAUACAAGAGCGCUGCUAUGAUUGACAUGAUGCUGGAUACACUUCCAAAGGUCGCCGCCGAGGUAGCUGCUCCGCUUUCGCAAGCGAAGAAGAUUACCAUGGUAUCAAGUGGCAAUGGAGCAAUCGGAGCUGAAAAAUUGACCGAGGAAGUCUUGAAUAUUGUAUCUCGUGUUCCAGAGCUUGUUAAGAAUAUGACCGGCGUGGAUGUUGCAAAAUCUGUGUCUGUACACGCGGCGUAAAGAAGCAGUGCCAAUAUGCCUCGAAUGCAUUUUUCGAGACGAGGGAUGUUUCUUGCAACUCCUUUAUUUUAGAUUUCUUCGUGGCAAGUUUUUAAUGUGCAUACUAACUUUGUAGGCUUUACUGCAUAAGUAUUUCUCUACACCUUUGCGAUAAAUUUCAUCUUUUAAUACCAGAAUAGUAUCAAUAAUUGUUUCAGUGAUUGUUUUAAUUAAAAAUAAUCUAGCCUACAAAAUUUAGACGUGGUUAAAAGAAUAAGAUCUUUAACUGAAAUAUCAAUACUUAUUGGGGAUCAUUGGGGUAAAAAUUAAAUUCCUUACUUUUUCACAUACAAUCAUCCACAACUUUGGAAAUAUAUUAAAUAAAAUAAGUAUGAAUAUCUUAUUUUCGCAAAGACUAAAGGGAAACCUCUCUCUUUAUUAUGUUGUGAAGCCUCCUUUUUUCUAUAAUUUUAAGAUUAUUACAAAAAAUAAUUGCAAUACUUCUACUGCCACCACGUUUUUAAUGUUCCAAACUUUUUCAAUGUCAGUGUAUACCAACCGCAUUCCAUGAAAUCAAUAAUUUCGUGAAUAUACUUAACAACUAAUGUCAUUUUCCUCAUAGUUAAACGAAUGAAGAAAAAUAUUGUCUGCACAAGAAAAAAAUAUUUAUAAAUCCAAAUGCAACUGUCAAUAAUUUCAAUGACAAUGAAUCUGUAUAUAAACGUAAACCAUUUCUAGACUUAGUUUUUGUCAAUUCGUGUAAUUUCUUUUGAUGUUGAAUGUUUAUUUUUAUGUAUCGUUUUAUAUAAAAGAUUUUUAUUUCGCAUUCCUUCGUAAGGCAUUGAGAGCGAAGGCAAAAACAAAAUUUUAACAGAGUUUCUCUGUUCAAUAACAAAGAAAAGAAUCACUGUAUGAGAAGCAACGACUUUACCAUCUGCAUGAGUGUGACUUUAAUGCCAAGAUGUGCCGAAUAUCAUUCCUUCGAGUAUUUUACUACUCAGUGUACCUUCUCAAGGAAAAACUUUUGUAAAAAUUAAUAAACGUCAUAAUUAAUGAAGACUUAUUUCAGACAAUUCAUUUGCUUAAUUCGGGUGAUUAUUACAUCAUCCAACAUUCUGUAAAAUUUAAUGAAGUAUUAUUAUAAUUAUUAAUUCAUGAUAUUUACAGUGAUAUUAUCUGCAAUGUUUUCGGUAUACUUGUUAAAAAUUUUUCUUUUUGAAUAUUUUUAAAUACUUGUCUAGAUCUAAAAAAUUACACUCAUAAAUGUAAAAAUAGUUAGUAAAAAUUGAAAAUUUUUAACAAGCUUACUAAUAUUCGUAAUAUUGUAUAUUGAGACCAAUAUUGUGCAUAUAUUACUUUUCACGUUUUUACUGAGGUCUUUCCUUGAAUAAAUAUUUAUUUAUAAUUGUUUAGUAAAUGAAAGUACUCCAAAAAAGUCGCCCAGGAUGUUGUGUCGUUGGUGUCAAUAUUCUCUAGUCUCCAAGAUUCAUGGCUUACAUAAAUUCACACAAUUACUCAGUUAAACAUAAGUAUAUUUUCUAUGUAAAGAAUAAAAGGCUACUGUAUUUUUCUUUAUAUUGUUUACAUAAACUAGGACAUAGCGUGAGUUAUAAGCUCUACGUGCAAGAUCUAUUGUAAGUUUAGAUGAAAUAUCUCAACUUAAUUGUGAACUUGUAAGCCCAGUGUGCAAAGCCUUACACUCUAGUAAAGAGUUCAAGUUUGAAAAAAAUAAAGUAAAAACUAAAUUUAAAGAGUCGCUAUAUCUUUUCUAAUAAAAAAACCUGCUUCCUUUGUAUAGAAUAAAAGUAAAAAAUUAAUUUUCAUUGUUAAUUAUAAUAUUACACCUUAUCAAAUAAUAUGCACUAUGUAGAAGAAUGAUCAAAACAAAAAAUCACUAGUCUGAAGUAUGUUGACAAAAAUUAUACUUACAACUUGUCAAAAAACA